AUGGCGGCCCUGGGACCUCCGGCCCGGGAGACACCGGCGGCCCCAGGCGCCGCGCGCGCCCCGCCCCCGGCGGCCCCUGAGCGGCCCCGUCCGGCGCGUCCCUGCCCCGCCGGCCCCCGGGCGCUCUGCGCGGGCGGCGCGGGGGACGCGUCCUCCAAGAUGCGAGAGAAGAAGGGAUCCCGGCGUGGGGCUCCGGUGCCGGCUGGAGGCGGGAAGGCCCCGGAAAAGCCGGUCCCAGAGGAAGCCCCCCCGAGCGCGGAGGCCCAGGCGGAGCAGCUGGCCCGGGAACUGACCUGGUGCGUGGAGCAGCUGGAGCUGGGCCUCAAGAUGCAGAGACCCAGCCCGAAACAGAAAGAGCAAGCUCUUGGGGCCAUCCGAACCCUGUGCAGCGGAAAAACUCCCCUUCCCCGGAAGAGGCAGCUGAUGCGCUCCUGGUUUGGGGAUUACAGGGCUCGCAUGGAGGCCGAGCGGCAGGAGGCCCUGCGGGCUCUCAGGGCUGCAGCCCACUGUGCCCGGGUGGGGCCUGUAGAUGAGGCCACCAGAAGGAAGAACAGAAGGGUCUGCAGGCUCCGCUUGGCAGGGGGAGCCAGGGCCACCCAGGACACUCCUGAUGAAGAGUUUAGGUUCAACUUCUUCUGACCUCUUCCAGUCCUGGAACAGCCUGGUCUCUGGGUGCAGGGGGGCUUGUCCUGGGUGUAGGCCUUUCUGGGAAUGCUGUGUCUGGCACAUGUGGGGUUGGUCUUUCUCUGAUUAGUGUGUAACUAAUGAGGGCAAAUUACGUGAUCAGAUGAUUUAUCCAUGUGGAGUGAGAGAGCACAAUUACUUUUAUGUCAGCUUUUUUGAGGCCUACGUAAAAAUGCUUUCAACAUUCAGUUGCUUAUAUUCUCAAUGAACCCAAUGGCCCAAUCUCUCUUCCUCUUGGAUGGCAGAUUCUUGGCCCCAUGGAAGCUAUUGGACAAACUCCCUUUUCCACCUGAAAUUCUAGUCCUUGUUCCCCUAGAGGAUUCCCCUAGUUUAGAAUACAACACUGUGUAUUAGAUAUUAUUCUUCUUUGUUCAUGAAAUUACAGCACUGUUGUUAAACUAGAUAUUCCCAGGUGGAGAUAUUUUACAGUAUUUUUGGUGCUAAUUAUGUGGAAGAAAUCUUAACUCCCUAGUCCUCAACUAUAAGAAUACAGGAGAUUUUGUGAGGAUAAUAUAUGAGACACUUGGAAAAAUAAAACUAUUAAAAACACUCAUAAUGUAAUCAUGCAUAUGUUUGGGAUCAUAAAUUGAAAAGUCAGUCACCCCUUGGAACAUGAAGUCAAGGUAAACAAUGAUGAGAAUUUGAUUGUAUCUAGUUCAAAUGCUGUAAUGACUGUGAUCUGAGAUGCUGGAAAUGGAAACAUCCCAAGGGACUGUCUCAGUAACUGGCCACAGGAACCUGAUAGACUAGGCUGAGCUACAGGAGGACCUCGGACACAUGCCUGAAGGCUGGAGGCUAAGGCCUAGUGUCAAGGUUUAGGGUUGAGAUAAGGGGUGAGGGCCAUGAGUCAGAGAGUUAGGUCAGAGUUUAUAUAGUCAGCGGACCUCUUGAGACAGGAUUCUUGCACUUAAUGCGUCUCCCAUGUCUUCAGGCUUUGAUGCCACGUUUCUUUCUACUGUGAAUGGUAUUCAAUUGCAUGCAUGGGGUACAAAAGAGAUUUUUCCCUCUACUUUUCCAGAUUCUUGGCUGAGAUCACCUUCCCCCAAUUUAAAAAAGGGACACAUUAGCAGGAUAAAAACAAAU